AUGGUGAGUGGCGUCGGGGCCUGGCUUCCGCCUUCGCCUCCUCUUCCUCCUUCUCCUUCUCUUCUCCUUGUCUUUUCCUUCUCCUUGUCCUCCUCCUCCGGGGAGCCCGGGGCGGAGGGUCGCCACCUCCCCGGCCGCGCGGCGGGCAGCACGUGGAGGCCGGGCGGGAGUGAGGCAGAAGUGAAUCCCAAAGCUUACCCGCUGGCUGAUGCACAGCUCACCAAAACACUGCUGGAUCUUGUGCAGCAAUCCUGCAACUAUAAGCAGCUACGCAAAGGAGCCAAUGAAGCCACCAAAACACUGAACAGAGGGAUUGCGGAGUUCAUUGUGAUGGCAGCAGAUGCAGAGCCCUUGGAGAUCAUCCUGCACCUCCCUCUUCUCUGUGAGGACAAGAACGUACCUUAUGUGUUUGUGCGGUCCAAGCAAGCCCUGGGCCGGGCGUGUGGUGUUUCCCGGCCUGUCAUCGCCUGCUCCAUCACCAUCAAGGAGGGAUCACAGCUAAAGCCUCAGAUCCAGUCUGUCCAGCAAGCUAUAGAAAGACUGUUGGUCUAAGUGCCCAUGAGUUUAAAUGUGUGUGGAACAGGAAAGUGGAAAUUAGGGGUCAUUAAUGUUUAGCUUCAGUUGAGAUGAUAGUUUUGAUAUCAGUGUUUCAAAAUGCCACAUUUUUGUUUAAUAAUGGCUUAAUUCUUAAUGUUUCUGCCCCAUCUCCCCACUUUUCUAUUAUUCUACUCCAACACAUUCAUUCUCCUUGUAUUACAUCUUGAAAAGUGAUCGUACAGCUGUAUCCUCUUUUAUGUUUAAAAGAAAGAAAAAGUCCCCCGCCCCCCUUAUUUCCCUGUCUGCCUGCUCAGGGCUUCUUUAACCCACCCAUCAGCUUUCUCUGCGUUGAAGUAUUUCUGCUAAGCUUCAGCGUCUAACAGGUGUGAGUAACUGUGUUUCCGAACAGUUUUGGCUGCUGAGUAAAAGGGCUGUGGGUUCCCCACCUUAAGUGACAGGGCACUGUAGGCCGUGUAUAAGGCGGGCAGCAGCUACUGUGUAGCAGCAGAUGGAGCCAAGAUCGGUACUUAUAGCACAGCCCUUGUUCUUGAAACCAGACGCAAGACUUCUCUAAGAGAUGUAUGGGGAACAGAAAUCUCAUGGCAGUACACAAGGGGAAAUGUUUUAUCUCAAUUAUUUUUAAGUACUGACUUUUGAAGAAAAAAAUAAAAAUGCUGACAAAGCUAAAUAUAAUUGUCAUUCCCUUGGUGAAGCAUUUGCAACUAACUGGAAUGUUUCUACUUGUACAGCUAAACUACUCAGAGGUUGCCUAAAGGCUGUUGCAGUGGAGUAAUUCAUACUCCUUCACUUUUCUUUGCAUGGACUGUUAUAAUUGAGCUUGGGCUUCCUAGAGAAGUUAAGUACAAAACCCAUGGUAGAGGGCAGCCUGUUGUGUCUGACGAGUACCCUACAUCUGGCUGAUAAUUAUAAGAAGUAUGUCAUGCUUUUUAGCUACUGCACUGUGGUCACCUGACUGAAGAUGAACCCUGUAAGUCACAGCCAAGGAAGCAGACAGCAAGUAAUUUUUCAAAUAAAUCAACUUGUGUCUCAAGAAGAGAAUGCUAGAUCAUUUGUUCUGGAAAAGCAUGGAGCACCACCAGCAUUCUGGAUUAGUGGUGGUUUUAUUGAACUAGCUUUAGUUAAAUGCAUAUUGUAUAAUCCACUUACUGCUCUGAACAGAAGUGUCUAAAGCCCUGUGUUGGAAUGGGCCAUAUCAAACCUGGUUCCUAUUGCAGGAUGCCAAAGCAAAGUAGUGUGGAAACAACAACAGGUAACACCAAUAGGUGCAACAGCAGAAGGCAAAAAUAAAUUUACCUGUAGUGUUUCCACAGAGGCACUAACUUCAUACCUUUAGUAAGUACAUCCCAAGCAGCUGAAAUCAGCUCAUGAAAUACUGAAGACAUUGUGUCUGUAUGUUUUUGUAAAUGGCUGAUAACUAAUCCUUGUGAACUUAUUACAAGUAUUUUUAGUCCUUUCAAUUGUAUGAGGUUUAGAAAGGCUGCUGUUCCCUUCUACUGAUGCUGACUGUUGAGCUAGUUGUGUUUAGAACCACAGCUUUGCCAAGGAUUUGCCCUAUUGUACCAAGACAGCUGAUGUAAGACAAAGCACAAAAGGAGCAGAAAUAAAGGAUUCUUGAGCAAGCAAAA